AGACGAAUCUUAUUAGACGCGCGCGCGCGCUCGAACCAUCAGCGAUUACAUCAGCCACCGUCGCAUCACAUUGAAACUCGUAUAUUUAUCAUUGCCGCACGGCACGAACGCGGAUUUUCGAAUUUGAUUCAGAAACGCGUGUUAUAUCACUCGCCCCGUCAGGCACACCAUCCGUCACUGAUCGCAACCUUUUGUAAAAUUUCGCUGCUGAAAAACUGUCUCCUGGCAUGUUACUUAAUAUUCGAUUUUCAUUUAAUUUACCGUCCCCCUACAAUGACUGAAUAUUGAUGCGUGUCCCUGGCCCCUGCGAUCACAAUCACAUUGUCGUUUUCUUCGAACCCCGAUGCCGCCGUCGUUGUCGAGCCUAUCCCAAUCGAACUCUCGUUGUACGAGCGCACACAUGCACACCAACACACAUUGCACACGCGUGCGCGAAUAUGAUACUACGACGAUAAUAUUAUAGUACACGACCAUGACUCUGGAACUCGAGACACGCUUCGAUCAUGCUUUCUGCGACGUACAAUAGCCAUAGCGCCCCGUUCAUUCUGCUCAAAUUUUGAUCCUGUAGCACUACGACGACAAUAUUAUCAGAUGAUCUGACAAAACCGAAUACUCUUCUGCCACUGUUGACCUUUGAUUGUGUAACCAUGGCUGAUGUACUACAGUCCAUUUGCAACCCGUUACCACUGUCAUCCAGCCAGUCAUCGAUUGUUAAAGAGGGAUGGCUGUUUAAACGAGGUGAACACAUUAAAAACUGGAGGUCUAGGUAUUUUAUACUGUUUGCUGAUGGCUCACUCAUGGGCUAUAGAAACAAACCUGAAGGUCCAAUGACUGAACCUCUUAACAAUUUCACUGUAAAGAGAUGUCAAAUAAUGAGUGUUGAUCGUCCUAAACCAUACACAUUCACAAUUCGAGGAUUACAGUGGACCACUGUUAUUGAACGAACAUUUCAUGUGUCUUCUGAUAAAGAAAGAGAAGAAUGGAUGACUGCUAUUAAAGGUGUAUCAGAACGUUUGUCUGAUGUUGAUGAAGUUGAAAUGGAAAUAACUCAUACGACUAGCAUGUCAAGCACAAUGUCGGGACCCAGUUCAGAUGACUUCAGUGCUAAAUUUUCCGUUCAAGGAACUUCUUCAAGUAAAUCCACAGGAAAACGAAAAGUGACUCUUGAGAAUUUUGAAUUUCUCAAAGUACUUGGAAAAGGUACAUUUGGGAAAGUAAUUUUAUGCCGAGAAAAGGCAACAGGUCAUUUAUAUGCUAUCAAAAUUCUUAAAAAAGAAGUCAUCAUCCAAAAAGAUGAAGUUGCUCAUACACUAACUGAAAACAGGGUUCUCCGCACUACUAGUCAUCCUUUUCUAAUUUCAUUGAAAUACUCAUUUCAAACUGCAGAUAGAUUAUGUUUUGUCAUGGAAUAUGUAAAUGGCGGAGAACUAUUCUUCCAUUUAUCCAGAGAACGCGUUUUCACAGAAGAUAGGACUCGUUUUUAUGGAGCUGAAAUUAUUUCUGCUUUGGGUUAUUUACAUUCCCAAGGAAUCAUUUAUAGAGAUUUAAAACUUGAAAAUUUACUACUAGAUAAGGAUGGUCACAUUAAAAUUGCUGACUUUGGAUUGUGCAAAGAAGAUAUUACCUAUGGAUCAACAACCAAAACAUUCUGUGGCACACCUGAAUACUUAGCUCCAGAAGUGUUAGAAGAUUUAGAUUAUGGACGGGCUGUUGAUUGGUGGGGAAUAGGAGUAGUCAUGUAUGAAAUGAUGUGUGGAAGAUUACCAUUUUAUAAUAAAGAUCAUGACAAAUUGUUCACUCUCAUUUUGAUGGAAUCUGUACGAUUUCCGAGAGGUCUUUCUGCUGCUGCAAAAAGUUUGCUAACUGGUCUUUUAAUCAAAGAUCCCAAAAAACGAUUGGGUGGUGGUCCUGAUGAUGCCCAAGAAAUCAUGAGCCAUGUUUUCUUUAGUAGUAUUAAUUGGUUGGAUUUGGAACAAAAAAAGAUUCCUCCUCCAUUCCAACCUCAAGUAUCAUCAGACACAGACACGCGCUAUUUUGACUCAGAAUUUACUGGAGAAUCUGUUGAACUUACUCCACCCGACUUAUCAUCGCAUCACCUCAACAGCAUUGCAGAAGAAAUGGAACAGUCACAACCAUAUUUCCCACAAUUCAGCUACCAAGACUUAGCUGGAUCAAUAUCAAUAAGUGCCAGUUCGUGUUUCAGUCAUACGUGAACAAAAUAAAAAUAUGUAAGUGAUUCUGUAAAAUAUUGCUUAACAAUUAAUUGAUUUACUAUAAAUGAUAAA